ACGUCACGAAACUUUCCCCUCCGCCGCGGAGGCUCCGCGCUUGAAGCCAAGGAGGCUGGCCGCCUGCCGCUGAGGCGACUGGCUGAGGCGCUUUCCCCUGCCGCGCCGCCGCGCGUGCGCCUCCUCCACUUCGCCGGCUGCGCUCCCCUCUCCCCGUCUCCAUCUCUCUCUCCCUCUCUCUCUUUCGGGCGAAGUUUCGUGGCGUCGAGCCUCCGCCGCGCUCCCUCCAGAGAUAGAAAGAGCCAGCCAGGAGCAGCUGCGGGGCGCGCCGCGGCUCCUGAGGGGAGGAGAACUCGCCGGAACUCUGCGGAGUUUGUGCGGCUGGAGAGGCGAACUUGAGAGGACGCGCUGGGAUUCCUUUUUAUCCGCGAGAGGACGGAGACGACGACGAGCUUCGGAGGGGCACACUUAAAAUAGAAGACAUUAGAAUACAGCGCCAUGAGGACAAACAUGUUGACAAACAAGUGAUUUGUUUCCCAUGAAAACAAGCUGCUGAUCUGACCCUUGGUGAAAAUUUGGACCCACCACGAUUAAAUUACACACACUGGGUGAUUUCUCAUCAUGAAUCGUGCUUUUAGUAGGAAGAAAGACAAAACGUGGAUGCAUACUCCCGAGGCUUUAUCGAAGCACUAUAUUCCCUACAAUGUAAAGUUUCUUGGCAGCACAGAAGUGGAGCAACCUAAAGGCACAGAAGUCGUGAGAGAUGCUGUUAGAAAACUUAAGUUCGCAAGACAUAUCAAGAAAUCUGAAGGUCAAAAAACACCAAAGGUUGAGUUGCAAAUUUCAAUAUAUGGAGUGAAAAUUCUAGAUCCCAAAACAAAGGAAGUCCAGCACAACUGCCAGCUCCACAGGAUAUCAUUUUGUGCUGACGACAAAACUGACAAAAGGAUAUUCACUUUCAUAUGCAAAGAUUCAGAGUCAAACAAACACUUGUGUUAUGUCUUUGACAGUGAAAAGUGUGCAGAAGAGAUAACUUUAACUAUUGGUCAAGCAUUUGACCUGGCUUACAGGAAAUUUCUGGAAUCUGGAGGAAAGGAUGUCGAAACAAGAAAACAGAUUGCUGGGUUACAGAAAAGAAUUCAUGAACUAGAAACAGAAAACAUUGAGCUAAAAAACAAGGUUCAAGAUUUGGAGAACCAGUUAAGAAUAACGCAAGUGCAAACGUCGCCAGCAGGCAGUGUGACACCUAAAUCACCCUCCACUGACAUCUUUGAUAUGGUUCCCUUUUCUCCCAUAUCCCCUCAGUCAUCAACACCUACUCGCAAUGGCACACAGCCUCCUCCAGUGCCCAGUAGAUCUGCAGAGAUCAAGAGAGACCUUUUUGGAGCCGAACCUUUUGACCCUUUUAGCUGCGGAGCAGGAGAUUUCCCUCCAGACAUUCAAUCCAAACUAGACGAGAUGCAGCGUCAGCGAUGGAGGGGUUCAAAAUGGGACUGACUCUGGAAGGCACAGUAUUUUGCCUUGACCCUCUAGACAGCAGGUGCUGAUGCCAGGAAAAGAACCGUGAAAAGAUAUCGCCAUCUCUUUUUUUUAGGAGGGGGAAAAAAAGUUUUAAAACGUAAUUACAAAUACUGUCAAUGUGCCAAAAAUGUUUUUUUCAACUUGUUCACUUUUGUGAGGUUUGCUUCUGUGAAACUCCAGAUAGGUUCCAGUGUUAUCCCUGUACAAAUGUAAAAAGUCACACGUGUAUAUGAAACCAAAAUGAAAUCACACUGCUGUCUUUCUUAGUCAUCUUCCGCCACCCAAUGGCAAUUCACCAUGUGCUGUGAAGUUCUUCGAACUAUUCAUGCAACGCUAUAGAAUCCCCUCAGUUGGUUUCUUCAUUCCCAGUAUGUAGGGCCCUGUUCAUACAUUUUUGUUGAAAAUCGCCCAGAUACUGCAUACCACAGUUCACGCAGUCCAUAAGUCCUUGUUUCUGGCCAUGAUUCAAGCUGCAGUGCGCUCUGUGGUUCUUCACAUAGACUUUCCCACAUUCAUGGCUGUACUUUAACAUAAAGGGAGUGAUGGAGGCAGUUCCAGUUUACUCUCCCAGCAUCACCUAUUUGAGGUGCUUCAGAUGUUGUCAGGCUCCAACUCUCAUCAGCUCCAACUAACAUGACUCUCAUCAACCCUAACUAACUAGCACGUUGGGAAGAUCGGAGCUGAAAACCAGCAACACCCUGGGGAACCACAGAUUCCUGUCCUAGCUUUAAGAAUUUUGAUUAGGCACAUAAGCUUAUUUUUACAUUCCUGGUGGUGUUUGUCGUUUGGAAUCUGCUUCACAAAAAGCUAUGUUUUUCAGUGGCGUGUGAUAGUCUGUUUUCACAUCUACAUGUGCACACAAGCGCUCUUCUGCACUCAGAAGCAUAUUUAGGAGGUGAGGGUCCGAUAGCUGACUCCUCAACACAGAUGUUUUGGAAAUCCUGUUGAUUUCCAAGUGGAGGCAGACUAAAAGUCACUGCUAGGUUGUGCAUGUCAAGUUGCUACGUACAACGGGAAAAAUCCAGCUCAGAUUGCCUUAUGCACACACGCUUUAACUAAGAGAAGACACCCUCGAUGUUUUGAGGUCAGGCCCUCUGCGAAUUCCAGAGGGUUUGAGAGUACAUCCUUCAGGAUCUUGGAAGCCUGGAGAAUCAUCUGGAAGCACACAAAGGAGUUCUGCUGCUGGGUCAUGUGGGAACCCUAUGAAAGCUGCUUGGAUCAUACAUUUGGCAAAUAACUUUACUGUGCAAUGUACAUGUCAUUUAUGGGUGCAUAAUUUGAUAACAAAUAACCCAGAGAAGAAUGGUGGGGACAGGUUAUCCUGUUGUCAUUUGUAAUUCUGCGCAGAAGCCCAUUCCUGAGCAUCAGUGUAUUUUUCUUCCACUAGCCUUCAAACUAGCAAUAAAUGAACAUUUUGUUUGUGCAUUUCUUGCAUUCACCGGUGGAAUUGUUCCUUCCUGUUUCCAUAUUUGCCAUCACUUUUCUCAUUUUUUAAAGUGUGUGUGUAUGUAUACACAUUUAUAUAUAUAUAUACAUAUAUAUGUAUAUACAAUAAUUUUUUUUUGGGGGGGGGGAGUUUCCUCUCCUGUAAGGAUCCUUUCACUGAAAAGACUUUUGGGGGGUGGGGAGGGGUGGAUGCGAAGGACAAAUAAGAGAAGACACUUAAGAGAUUAUUUUACUGCUUAUAUCUUUUAGACGGGGAGAAAAGAACUAGUUUUCUGGUACUUGGGUUGAAAAAAAUAAUAGCUUUUGACCUUAUAUUGUGAGGUUUACACAGAAAAUAGAAUGCAUUUAUGCAAUAUUAUUACCUUUUUUUAAAAGCUUUGUUCCAGCCUCGGAAGACGCUUACGCAGAUGCCUGGACAGUCUGGGAUUCUUCACUUGCUUAAAGUUAGGCAUCCGCUUAGGCACUGCGGCUCCAGCGAGCCUUUCCUAUUUUUGCAUUGUGUUAAGUCUUCCUUCUUUUCGUUGAUCGGUCUGAAUGUAUACCUAUAUCUAUGGACAGGAUCCAAAGAGAACUGCCUGCGUACGUAAAGUGCUUCUGCACAUGUACGGGGAAGAAUGCAGGCUCUCACAUCACACUGAACACCAUUCCAGAGGGUCGCCUGACUUACAGAAACUGCCUUGGUGAGGACGCAAGGAUGGUGGCUGCAGUAGGAAGGUGUGGGACAAACACUUGCAGUGCGCAUGCAAAACACCACAAACAGUCCUUUGGAUCAUGGCCUAUGUGUCUGUCGAUAUAGUUAUAUACAUAUAUAUAUAUGGAAUCACUAAUGAGUAGAGUAGACUAUGUUUCCUAGAAAGAAAUCUAUAAUUUUGUUUGUCCUAUAGUAUUUUGCAAUUUGUACAACGAGGUUGUUUAGUAGCCAUAUCAAUGGCUUUUUAAAACAAAUAGAAUUUGUAUUUUUAUCGUACUUUUAAAAAAGAAAGCUUUACGUAAUAAGCAUAUAUUUAGGGGCCGUUUACUACGGAUGGUAACGAAACACUCAGAAAAUAUUUGCACAUUUUAAGAAACCUUUGUUUUACUGAUUUUUACGUGGGUUGAUUCUACGAAAUGCUAAAUAUGAUCUAACCGAUCUCGUCAGUACAAGGACACCUAAAUUAAUUCAGCGAGAAAGUACAUUUUUAACGAGAGGGUUCUAGUGUUCUGGUUGAAAUUUGUAUUUCUAUGUAAUCUCAAACUGUCUGUUUAAUUUUGCUCCGAAUAAAUGUUUUAAAUAAU